UGCUAUGAUCCGUCAUUUAAAUCUUCGGAUCCUCACUCCGUUCCAUCCGUCCUCUCGCAAUGCCAGUGGGCAUCUCGGUGCUCAUUGUGUCAGUUCAGAUUCAGUGCAAUCAUCAGUCCACAAGUUGUCGUAUCAGUUGACAGUAGAUGGUUCCGUCCGGAUAGGCAGCCAAGUGGUUCAAAAGGACGCGACGUCUCCCAAGUAUCAUGUAUUUUUCGAUAUGAGUAGCUCUUUGACGGCCCUUGCUAUUGCUAUCUCGCUCUUCGGUCUGGUAGUCGCUUACCGCCUCUUUUACCCGACUCGCCGCAGCACGCCUUUCCCUCCCGGUCCCAAGGGAUUUCCUCUUAUUGGGAACAUUCUCGACAUGCCUUCUGAUAAGGAAUGGCUCACCUUCGCUAGAUGGGGCGAAAAACAUGGCAACGUUGCAUCGGUUUCGGUCCUUGGACGGCGCAUAGUAGUGAUAAACUCUGUGCAGAUGGCUAUCGAUAUGCUGGACAAGAAAGGCGCUAUUUACUCUGAUAGACCGAUCGUGGCCAUGGGCGGGGAACUCGUCGGCUGGAAGAAUGGGUUUAGCCUGAUGCCAUAUGGCCCCCGUUUCUGUGACUCACGUCGACGGGUACGUCAGGUCUUGGGAACAAAUGCGUCCUUCAAGCAGUUCCUGCCUGUUGUAGAAUUGGAGGCGCAUCAGUUUUUGAAAAGAAUCUCCGCUGAUCCUGAAGAACUCUUUCGACAUAUUCGGAAGAUGAAUGUGGCUAAUAUCAUGCAAAUUUCAUAUGGAUAUGAGAUUCAAGAGGAAAACGAUCCAUUUGUCAAGCUCGCGGAUCAAGCGACGCACCACUUUGCUCUGUCCACCACUCCGGGCGCCUUUUUGGUCAAUGUUAUUCCUAUAUUGCGACAUAUCCCGGAUUGGUUCCCUGGAGCAGAGUUCAAGCGAACAGCUAAGGAAUGGCGAUCGACGCUAUGCAAGGUGGUGGAAAGACCGCACGACUUUGUCAAACAGCGAAUUGCUGCUGGGGAUGCUCGUUAUUCGUUCACUUCAAGUCAGCUUGAAGAUGGGAUGAGUAUUGACAAGGAAUUUGAUAUUAAGUGGGCUGCUGCAACUCUUUACAUUGGUGGAAGCGAUACGACCGUUGCAGCCAUCUCCGCGUUCUUCAAAGCUAUGAUUAUGUACCCCGACAUUCAAGCAAAAGCACAAGCAGAGAUCGAUACGAUUGUCGGGAACGAUAGACUUCCACGAUUUGAUGACCGAGGGCGUUUGCCAUAUAUCAAUGCCCUGGCGCUUGAGGUCAGUCGUUGGCACGUCGUCGGACCAUUAGCUCUACCCCACUCUGUGAGCGAGGACGACGUCCAGUUGGGCUAUUUCAUUCCAAAGGGAUCUGUUGUGUUAGCGAACGUCUGGAACAUGCUCCAUGAUCCUACGGUCUAUGAAAAGCCAUUCGAGUUCAGGCCUGAAAGGUUUAUGCGAACAAAAGGGAAAGAACCUGAAAUGGAUCCCCAUAAAGUUGCGUUCGGAUUCGGUCGUCGAAUUUGCCCUGGAAGACUGCUUGCGGACUCCUCGUUGUUCAUCUCAUGUGCUAUGGUCCUGGCGGUUUUUAACAUAUCGAAAUACUCUGAAAAUGGGGUUGUGCUCGAGCCGGACAUGGAGCAUACCGCUGGGACUGUUAGCCAUCCGUCGUCGUUCAAAUGCACAAUCAAACCGAGAAGCGAAAAGGUGUUAGAACUUAUUAACGCGGGUUUUGAAUGAGCGGUGCCGGUGAGACGCCGAUUCGUAUUCCUAGCAUUUACGCGCACGAACUUCUGCCGCAGUUAUAAGAUAAAUGAAAUCAAACUCUUUAAGUAUCCUUCAACGUCAUGAAUUCCUGUUCCAAAUGCUCAAUAUCCGUAUC